AUGUCUUCGGAAAGUGUCCCAUACAAGUACAAGCUGUACAGCUACUUCCGGUCCUCUUGCUCUGCUCGUGUUCGUAUUGCUGCGCACCUCAAAGGUAUCGAAUUGGAGUAUGCCUUCAUUCAUUUGGUCAAGGCCGAGCAGAACUCGAGUGCCUAUCAUGUAUUGAACCCUUCGGAAUCCGUCCCGACUCUGAUCGUCAGCAAUGGUCAGACAGGUGAAGAAAUCACGAAAAUCAGACAGAGUGUGGCCAUCUUAGAGUAUUUCGAGGAAACGAGGCCUGAGCUACCUCAAUUGUUGCCUCCUCUGGAAGAUCCGAUAGCAAGAGCCAGAGUCAGAGAAUUGGUCAACAUCAUCUCAAACGAUGUUCAGCCGCCAACGAAUCUUCGUAUACUCAAUUUCAUCAAGCCCCGCGGAAUUGAAGCCAAUGAAUGGCAGCAACAUUUCAUGAACUUGGGAUUCAGGGCGUAUGACGACCUGCUCAAACUUUACGCGGGUAAAUACAGCGUUGGUGAUCAAAUCAGUCUAGCAGAUUGUGUGCUUGCUCCAGCAGUGGAUGGAGCGUUGAGGUUUGGUGUCAAAGUGGAGCAGGACUUCCCAAAUGUGUGGAGAGUAUGGACCAACAUAAGCGAGGUUGAAGCAUUUCAGCAAGGGAGAUGGAAUGCCCAGGAGGAUACUCCAGACGAACUACGACUAAAGUCAAAAGAAUGA